AUGUCAGAAAACUUACAAGCUGAAAUUCGCAAUAAAAGUAUCAAAAUUUCUCAAUAUGAAGCACAGCUAGGUUUGAUGAAACAAGAAAUUAGUGACUUUUUUAAUAAUUUGAAAUAUACUUUAAACAAUUUGGAAGAGCUUAACGGAGUGUGCGAAGAAGUUUACAGUUGUACAAAUUGUGACUUGGAUAUUGGUGAAGAAGCAAAUAAUAUACUAUGCAAUAUAAACAUCAUUAUGACAAGAUUUCAAAGUUAUAAAAUAGAAAGUCAGAAUCUUUUACAAGAAAUAGGAGAUUUAAAGCAUUAUAUAGAAAAUAAUAAGCAACAAACCUAUCUUAACCAGAACUUAGAAAGCAUGAUUUGUAAAGAUUUUUAUUAUGAUUCUGAUGUGGAUUUAAGAAAUACAAUUGAGAAGGACAAUGCAGAGAACAAAAUAGUGCGGUUAAAUGUAAGGCGAGAUAAAAGUAAUGAGAAUGAAAUAGUAUUUGAAGAUCUUUUUAACUCAACCAGUACUGAACAUGCAUUAAAUGAAAUAACAAACAAUUUGAAUUCUUAUGGGCUCGAAAAAGAAUGUCACAAUUAUAUGAUCAAAUUGAAUAGAAAGGAUAAUAUAGAUGAAAUAGAAAAAGAAAUUAUAGAAUACUUUUCGCAUUUCUUAAUUAAGUUGCGUUUUCUUAUACAAAAACUACAAAUGUAUGCAGAAAUUGAGCGUCCUUUAAUGAUUAAACAAACUUACUAUUUUUAUGAAAUUCUUAAGGACACACAAUCAGCUAUUAAUAUUUCUCAGGAUGUAACUUUAAAGAAACAGUUAAUUUCUGAUUUAUAUAAUCAGCAUAAAGAAGAAUAUAAGAAGUAUAAUUCUUAUAUUAAACAAUUACCUAAUAACUUAUUACAAGUACAAAAUAAAAUAAAUGAAUUUAUUGAAACCAUUUUGCAUCAAUUAUUAAAUGAAAUAUUAUGUACAGAAAAGCAAAAUUUAUGUGAUGAAAAAAUUAACCAAGCAUUUGAAAAACAUUUAAGCUCUUGUAUCAAUAGAAUAAAUGUAGCUAUCCAAGGUGCUGAAGGUCAAUGCACGCAAAUAAUUGAAACAAUAGAAGAACAACAAACAGAAUUACAAAAGAAAAACAUAGAAAUAGCUCAAUUAAAGAAAGAAGUAGCGCAUCAGCUAUUGCGAAGAGGAGAAGGUGACUGUUUAAUUAAAGAACAAUGUGAAAACAAUGUUGUAAUGAAAGAACAGUUAUCAGACAUAACUGCAGAACUUAAUAAAAAAAAUGCACUCAUAUUAAAAUUUGAAGAACAGCUUCAAACAUUUAAAGAUGAAUUGUCCACUUACAAUAAAGAUUGCAAUGCACUAAAAAAAGAAAAGAAAAAUCUUGAAAAUACUGGAAAUAGAUUAUUGAAUGAAUGUCAACAGAGUGAAAGACAGUUAAUAACAAAAAAUGAAGAAAUUAAGAAUUUAUCACAACAGGUUCAAGAGCUCCUUGAAACUGAAAAUUUAAAGAGUACUUUAGAAAAUGAACUUAAAAAUAUGGAAAAAGGGUUGAUUAAUUUACAAUCUGAAAACAAUGAAUUACAGAAAAAAAAUAGGCAGGCAAAUGCAACUAUUUCUAUAAAAAAUGAAACUAUAAUUAGUUUGAAGAGUAAGAUUGAUAGAAAUGAUAUGUUAUCGCAAAAAGUUGGUGAAUAUGAAAACGCAAUUGAAGAAAAACAUUAUGAAAUCAAAAAACUAGAAGAUGAAAAUAGAUCAUUGAAAGAGAAAUUGAAGGAUGUUGAAAAUGCGGUUAUAAAAAUGAAUCAAAUAAUAGCAUCAUUAACCGAACAAAACGAUAAAAUUGAUAUCAUAUAUACGAUGCAAGAAGAUCUUACAAAAAUAGAUAAAAACGAGAAGAAAUUAAAAAUUGAACUUAAUAAUCUAAGAACACAACUGCUAAAUGAUCAAAAUAAUAAUAAAAAGCUUGAUAAUAAAUUAGACAUAUUUUUACGUGAAAAUGACAUCUUGAAAAAAAAUGUGGAAUAUUGGAAAAAUGAAAACUCUGAAUUGUCGAUUAGGCUUUGUAAUGAAGUAGUUGAAGAAAAAUUAAGAAGCAAAUUGUAUAUAUAUCAAGAAACAAAAUUAACAAUACAUAAUGUAACUAACGAUUUAAAAUCAGAAUGUGGGGAACAAAGACGAGAAAUAAAAGAGAAUGAAAUAGAAGCAAUUGAAACGCAAGUACUAAAUAAUAUAAACAUAAAAGAAGAAAUAGGCAAAAGCAAUUAUGUGAUAUUUGAGCAAUUCAAUUCUUCAGAAGAUAAUAGUUUCAAGAUGAAGAAUAAAAUUAAAUAUCCCGAAAAUGAACAUAAUGAAAACCAGAAUGAAAUUGAGAAAUUAUUACAUGACAUUGAGAUUAAGGAUUCUGAAAUAAGACAUGAUAAAGAAGUCAUAAAACAAUUAGAACAAAAAAAUGCUGAUCUUCAUGCCAUACUUAAAUCUCACAUACAAGAAUAUCAAGAUAAGUUAAUGUUAAUGAAAAAAAAUUAUGGUAGUAGUGUAAAUGCACUUUGUGAAAGACACAAAGCAAAUAUUGAAAUUUUACAAAAACAAUUCGAAGAUAACAUGAGGUGCGAAAGAAGUUUUGACUCGGAAAAUUGGUUACAAUCGUUGAAUAUGAAAGAAUUAAUAGAAUUGCAUGAACGGGUAAAUCUAAUUAUGAAUAGCAAUUCUAAUACAAUUCAUAUAAAAAAUGGAAAUCAAUGUUUUUAUGAUGAUGAUGUUCAAAAGCAAUUUUAUACAAAAAUAGGUGAAGCAGAACAAAAUUUUCAAAUGCUACCAACAAAUAUCUGUGACAAAGAACUAAUGCAGAAUACAAUUGUGUUAUCAAGUUCAGAAGAACAAAAUACACAUUUAAAAAAUCAAUGGCAAUUUAUUGCUUCUGGUGAUACUCAAAAGUAUCCAACCUUACAAACACAUGAAUAUAAAUUACGUUUGGAACAAAAUUUUGGAUAUAUUAAUGGUGAAAGAAAAUCUCCAGGAUUAGAAAAUAAGUAUGAAGAAGAAAAGGAAACAGAAAAAGAUAGUACUUUCAUUCAGCAAAGGAGGAGUUUUAUUAACCAAUGUAGUGCAUACCAUAAAUUAACCAAUACUUAUGAAUGCUUAAGAACUUUUCAUGGAGAUUAG